UUGGACAAAACAUCUUCUUUAUAACAUUUGUCUUCAGUUGAGAGUUUGGAGAUGAAAAUUGAUAUCCACAGUCAUAUUUUGCCUAAAGAAUUGCCUGACCUGAAAAAGAGAUAUGGCUACGGAGGAUGGGUGCAGCUCCAUCACGACAGCAAGGGAGGAGCCAAAAUGAUGAAAGAUGGAAAGCUCUUCCGAAUUAUCCAAGAAAACUGCUGGAAUCCAAUAGUUCGUAUUAGAGAAAUGGAUCAAAUAGGAGUAACUGUACAAGCCCUUUCUACAGUCCCUGUUAUGUUCAGCUACUGGGCCAAACCUCAAGAUACUUUAGACCUGUGCCAGAUUUUAAAUAAUGACUUAGCUGCAACUGUUGCAAAGUACCCAAAGAGGUUUGUUGGCUUGGGAACAUUGCCAAUGCAGGCUCCAGACCUGGCAGUGAAAGAGAUGCACCGAUGUGUGAAGGAGCUGGGUUUUCCUGGGAUACAGAUUGGAUCCCACAUCAAUGACUGGAACCUGAACUCUAAGGAGCUCUUCCCUGUCUAUGCUGCUGCAGAACAGCUGAACUGCUCCUUGUUUGUACACCCCUGGGACAUGCAGACAGAUGGACGGAUGGCCAAGUACUGGCUUCCCUGGCUAGUGGGCAUGCCAGCAGAAACCACCACAGCCAUUUGUUCCAUGAUUAUGGGAGGAGUCUUUAAGAAGUUUCCUAACCUUAAAGUGUGCUUCGCACAUGGAGGUGGUGCUUUUCCAUUCACAGUGGGGAGAAUAUCUCAUGGAUUCAAUGUGCGCCCUGAUCUGUGUGCCCAAGACAACCCAACUGACCCAAAGAAAUACCUGGGUUCUUUUUAUACGGACUCCCUGGUUCAUGACCCUCUGGCCCUGAAGCUGCUAACAGAUGUUAUAGGAAAGGAUAAAGUCCUUUUGGGAACUGAUUAUCCCUUUCCCCUAGGCGAUCUAGAAGCUGGAAAACUGAUAGAGUCUAUGGAAGAAUUUGAUGAUGAAACAAAGGAUAAACUCAAAGCUGGCAAUGCUUUGGCAUUUUUAGGUCUCGAGAAAAAACAAUUUGAAUGAUUGAAUUUACUACUGAGGCAAAACUUCAAGAGGAUAUCCUAUUUUUCUCUGCUUCUAUAUGUGUCAGGUCUAUGUUGCUAUAAAUUCUAUCAUGGGCUCUAUUUCUAGAAACACAACAUUCCAAAACAUCAAAUUAUUCAUGACUAAAACUAUUCACCACUUUCUUCAUUUUUCUAUGAAGCAUUUCAUACAAGAAAUGAAAGUCUGAGAAAUUAGAACAAUGUACCUGUUCUUCUCAAACCAUUUUAACCCUAUGUGACAGAAAAUUUAAAUGUCUAAGUAAAGAUCCAAAACAAUAUGUACCCUGCCAGGUGAUCCUCUUUUCAGUUACAUCUAUGUCUAUGAUAUUGUUGGGGUAUUGGUGUAUUCAAAUCAAGAUAUCACAAGCUUCAACCAAUGUUAGCUUUACCAAGUUUGAUGACUGAAUUCAAAGCAAAGUCAUUUGACAAAACAGAAUAAUGAGAAAAUAACAGGGAACCAAGUCAGGGAUAAAAUGUUCUUGGCACCCAUUCCCAAAUAGCUGCUGCUUCCCUAUGUCUCACAAUCAUCUCAGCUCCAAAACUACUCUUGUCUCCCUAGCAGAGCAGUAGGAAGAAUGUAUCCAUCAUUCACAGACAGUGGUAAGGGUAUUAAGUGAGGAAGAAGAGGGGCUGAAAGAUAUCAGGACAUAGAUAUCAUUUUCUUCUUUUUGGUUAACCUCCGUAAUCAUCCAACCCUGUAUCUCUUUCUUUGUGACAUUUCCCCACAUGUUUUUCACAACCUAUCAUGCUGAGACGUUUCUCACACUGUGACCUCAUACACAUUCUUGGAGAUCUAGUUGCAGAAAGAACAUGAAAUCCAUUUUUUGACAUGCCCCCAUAUACAUAUUCUUGUUUAAAAGAUGAUUAGUCUUUUUUUAAAGAACAAAAUGUAAAAAAAGCCCCAAAUUUUCUGUCCCCAAUCAGUGUAUAUUUAUUGAACAGUGCUUAGUAUUAUUGGGGACUUUUUUUAAGACCUUUGCCAUCAAAAAUCUUA